AUGGACCCUAGUUCUGCCUUAGAGCAGACUACACAUGAUGUGUCGAAUUUGCAGGCCGAAUUUCGGUACAUUUUGGAUGAGAUUAAGAACGCGGACCUUAGGGUGUAUGAGCAGCGAAAGAAAUACGUACAGCGGGACGCACAGGUCCAGAAGUUCGUGAAGCAGCAUGGAUCGGGCACGGAGAACCCGCGAGAGGGCGAGCUAUCGCAGAAGAUAGAGCGCGAGUUGCAGGACUGUGUGGAGUCGCAGCGAGGCAAGUGCGUGUUGGCCAAUACGGCGUUGUUUUUGGUCAGCAAACAUUUGAGCAAGCUGGAGAAGACCAUACGUGUGCUGGAGGGGGAUAACCUGCUGGCACCCGCGGAGGAAGACAAAGAGACUGAGUCCGGCGGCGACAACUCACGCGAAAGCUCUGUGAUGUCAGGCGAGCGCCGCCGCAAGGCCACGCCCACAGCUGCAGUGGUAGCGCCCAAGCGGAAGCGCCGUGCUGACAGCACGCCAGUACCGCGGCAGAAGGACUCCACGCCAGGCGGCGGAUCCGAUGCGAACUUCGACCUCCAGGACUACAACGACGACCUGUUCUCGGGCUACAACCAGGCGGAGGAAGACGACAAGCAGCUCUACUGCUUUUGCCAGAGUGUAUCCUACGGCGAGAUGGUGGCAUGCGACGGGCCGAACUGCAAAUACGAGUGGUUUCACUACACGUGCGUGAACCUUAAGGAGCCUCCGAAAGGCGCUUGGUACUGCCCUGACUGCCGGCAAGAGCUCGCUAACACUCGGCUGAAGAAGCGCAAAGCCUAG